GUUAUUAGCUCAGACUUUUCACUGAACUGGUCAAGAAAAUGUCUCACAUGUUAGUUUUGUUCUGUUUGUAUUGGUCUCAUCUGAUUGGUGUGUUUGGUGCUAAGACAAGUGAAAUUCAGUCAUUUUCAAAAAUGGGGGGAGAUACUGUCACUCUAAACACUGAUGUUACUGAAAUACACGAAGACGACGACAUACUAUGGAAUUUUGGAGCUGAAAAGAUUGCUGAAAUCAAUAGAGCUACUGGAAUCUUCAUCACAUAUGAGGAUGUUCUUGAUGGGAGAUUCAGAGACAGACUGAAACUGAACAAACAAACUGGAUCUCUGAUCAUCACAAACAUCACAACUGAACAUGCUGGACCCUAUGAACUAGAGAUAAGAGGAGCAAAACUGUCAUUAAAAACAUUCAGUGUUUCUGUUUAUGCUCGUCUGUCUGUUCCUGUCAUCAGCAGUAACUCUACAAACUGUUCUUCAUCAUCAUCAUCAUCAUAUUGUUCAUUGGUGUGUUCAGUGGUGAAUGUGAGUCAUGUGACUCUCUCCUGGUACAAAGGAAACAGUUUAUUGUCCAGCAUCAGUGUGUCUGAUCUCAGCAUCAGUCUCUCUCUACCUCUGGAGGUGGAAUAUCAGGAUAAAAACAGCUACAGCUGUGUGCUCAACAAUCCCAUCAGCAACCAGACCACACAUCUGGACAUCACUCAACUCUGUCACACAUGUUCAGAAGGCCAUGGCCAUUGUUGUAAUACUUCUGAAGCUGUGAUCCGAUUGGUCCUCUCUGCUGUGGUAGGCGUGGCUACUGUGGUUUUUCUGGUUUAUGAUGUCAGAUCUACAAGUGGAGGAGACAAAGAACGGAUAUCAUAAACAAAUGUGA